ACUUGUAAACAUGUGUUGGCAGCUUGGCUAGCCAGCAUUGAUAAUGAGAAACUGGCACACCAGCAACUAACGCAAAAACAAUUUGACAGUUUAUUGUUAUACCAGGUUUCAUGCAAACAUGAUGCAGUCUAAUAUCGAAGACUACAUGCUAGUCGCGAAAAUGGGAUUGACAAAUUUAAAGACUGUAAUACAGUUAUUAAGAGCUAUCACUUUUAAAGAGACAGCUACUUGCCUCGGUAGUGAAAAUGGAUUGAAGAUUACAGUCGAAGAUGCAAAAUGUAUGCAGGCUAGCGCGUAUAUCCCGUCCAUAAUUUUUCACGAAUUUAAUUUAAAGAACGAUGUUACGUUUGCGAUAAGUUUAAACAUAUUGGUAGAAUGCCUUUGUAUGUUCUGGCCCAGUUCACAAGAGGAUUCGGUCACUGUGCAGAUAUUUUACAAAGGCACAGGCUAUCCUCUAAGCGUUAUUAUUGAAGAAGACGGUGUCAUAACAGACUGCUCUUUAAAGACUCUGGAAGUAGACGCAUUGUUAGACUUUCAUCUCGAGGCAAAAAAUGUAGUGAACAAAGUAGUGUUGCAAACGGAAUUGCUGAAGGAUAUAAUAGCAGAGUUAGACCCAACUAGUGAUUUAGUCGAGUUGUGCUUAUCGCCGGAGAAACCGUAUUUUCGUAUCAGCACGGACGGUCUAGGCGGCAUUUGCCACAUUGACUUGCCGCACGAUAGCGAUCUAGUGGACACUUUUCAGUGUACGUCGACGACGACGUCCAGUUUCAAAUUAACGCAUAUCAAGCCGGCAAUGCGUGCGUUGUCGUGCGCCAACAAAGUUUCUUUGAGAACCGACACCACCGGGAUAUUGUGCUUCCAAUACAUGAUCAAAACCGAAGACGGGCACACCUGUUACAUCGAAUAUUACAUAUCUUCGCUAAUAGGUAUAGACGAUUAAGUGGCAGAGAAGUGGCGUGUUGAUGCCAAUGAUAAAGCCACACAUCUCCUUGAACGUUCGAGCUUAUUUAAGCGUUUACUUACAAUGCAAAGUUGUAUAAAUGAAAACAAACAGUAAAAUAUAUCUUGUACGUUUCUCACGCGUACGUUUUCUCUA